AUUAAAAAAGUGGCAACAGCGUCACACGUGGGCUUCCAGUGUUAUCGAGCAGUGCAUUCUGGGAUUUUAAAAUGGAGGCGUCAACUGCUGUGAGCAGUGUUAUGUAGCCGUCCACCGGUGCGAUGAGUAGGAGACUGAACCCCUAUAUUUUGACAACAUUAACUCUGCAUCGACCUUCAUUAUGGGUGUUCUGUGUGCCGGUAAAGGAGCGCUCAUGUCCGCUGGUUACCUCGGUGUUUACGCCAGAAAAUACUGCGCUCGGUAUUUGUGCGUAACAUUGAACGUUUCCGGAGCUCCAGUCCCGGCGGGGGUCCGUGUCAGACGGUACAGCAGCAGCCAGGAGGCGAGUAAAGGGAGAGAUGCACCGGGACAGUUCGUGUGCUAUCACCUCCCUCACAGGAGCCUGCUGAAAAUCCAGGGUCAGGACACGAGUCCGUUUCUUCAGGGGAUCAUAACAAACGACAUGGCGCUGCUGGCGGCGGAGCCUGCUCAGAAUGUCAUGUACUCACACAUGCUCAAUGUUCAGGGGAGGACACUCUAUGACAUUAUUUUAUACAGGUACAGUACACUUAAUUAUUUAUUAUUUUACUAAACAGGCUGAGUAGCUCAAUCCCUGUCCAAUAAACUUAACUAUGAGGGUGUGUCUUCUUAUCUUGUUACGCAGAUGUUGGCAGUUGGGCCAAAACAUUAGACCUACCCCCAAACCCCACCACUCACAAGAGACAGGUCAUUUUAGGACUGACAGAAAGUUAGUGUCCAGUGUCCAGCUUCUGUAUUGUCUUACAGUAUCCACCUGUUAUUGCAUCAGAUUCAUUUAAUAUUAAGGGAAAAUUUACAAGAUGCUGUGGAGUGGUCAUUAUUAUGUCCUCUAAACUUCAAAUCUUGACUAAAACCCCUCAUAACUUCAUAAAGUUUUAAACUAACUCAUCUUAAAUGUGAUUCAGUGGGACAUUGAGUUCGUCUGAGUCAGUGCGUUCUCUAUUUCUUAUAUUAGGUAUUCUCAAUUUAGCUGAAAAAUUGCUUAAAUGUUUUGUGUGGACAAAAGCACUUAAGCUAUCCAAAUUCUUUUUGCAAAUUCAUUUUGGUUUAGCCUGUCAUUCUGAUGAACUGCAUCAGGUUGGAUUUUUAAAAGAGACCCUUCAAAAUCACAGUUCAUGGGUAAAUAAUUUUUGGACUGUAUCCGUUAAGGCUGGACACCGCCUACUUCAGCUUAAUAUGUUAAUACACAUAUAACAACCAGCCAUAACAUUGGGAACAUCUGACGGUCUAAUGCAAUCCAGUACAACAAUGCUUCUAAAAACUGAUAAUUCUAAAACGCCUCCAAAUGUUCAGUUUUCCAUUACAUGUUCUGACAUGUGAAUAUUGUACUUAAUAUUAGUUGUGGGUGGGUAUUGGUGGCAUACUGGGGUGCGUUAUAUUGGAAAGUGUAUUGUUAUCCUUGUGUUUUUUUAACAAAGUGGAAAAAAUAUAAGAAACAUCUUUCAAAAUAACAUACUCCAGUAUGCCACCACCAUGUAUUACAUCUUCUGCAAGAAAGAACAACACUUUUCUAAUCCUGUUAACAAAUCCUGCUAGCAAAAAUUGAAAAAUUGAAGCUUCCUGAGAGUAGAAUUUAUGGUGCACACACACACUGAUUGGGCUACUGUAGGAUUUUUUUAUGUUGCUCAUUUUGACAAAUUAAAUUUUCUGUUUUCUGUUUUACCAACAAAUAAUGCUCCUACUUGUUAUAUGUCCGUUCAGUCUAAAAGGAGCAGAAGCAGGACAAGGAGUUUUCCUUGAGUGUGACAGUACAAUCACAGACUCAAUCUUGAGACACCUGAAGGUGUACAAGAUCCGCAGAAAGGUCACUGUAAACCCCUGUCCGGACCUUUCUGUAUGGACGGUGCUUCCUAAGCACAAGAAGACAGAAGAGGAGGCCAGCAUACCUGAGCUGUCCUCCCCAGAAAAAGCUCUAGCAUGGGAGGAAGAUCCCCGAACUCAGGAGAUGGGCUGGAGACUAGUGGUGGACAGUCAAGUUGACCCUUUGGACAUCAUUUCAUCAUGUCAGAAAGGCGACACGGAGGAGUAUCACCGGCAUCGCUAUGCAAUAGGUAAUCAUUGUAAAAAUGUGUUUGAACACUUUUUUUUCUCCCUUAAUGUAUCGUGGUUAGUAUAUUUGCAUGUAGAUGUGCUCCUGACAUAGACAAGCUUAGUUUAUUUCCUCUGCUGUUAUUGUUGUCAGGACUUCCUGAGGGAGUGAAGGACCUUCCCCCAGGGGUGGCCCUACCACUGGAGUCAAAUCUCGUCUACAUGCAGGGUAUCAGCUUUAGCAAAGGCUGCUACAUCGGCCAGGAGCUCACAGCCAGGACUCAUCACACUGGGGUGAUUCGAAAACGCCUGAUGCCAGUACGCUUGUCAGCUCCAGUCCAAGACCUUGAGGAGGGAGCUUCCCUGCAAACACAGUCCGGCAAGCCAGCUGGGAAGCACCGUUCAGGGUUUGGAGAUCUGGGUCUGAGCCUAAUCCGUAUGGCUCAUGCCAAAGACGUAUUGACGCUUAAGUCUUCUGACGACACCACAGUGACACUUGAGGUCGCCGUGCCAGACUGGUGGCCUAAAGAUGUGAAAGUCAACUGAAGAGAAGGAUGUUUUACAGUUCCCUCAAAUGUGACGUAUAUCAAAUCUGACAGACGUCUCUCAGAUGGAACCCUGAAGUACACUAUGUUACACUGUCAUUGCUUUACAGCUUUGCGGCACUAAUCAUAGUCUGAUACAGUCCAUACAUGUUAUUCUGUUUGCAAAAAAAAACCUACUUUGAAUGAUUUUGAUUUGAGUGUUCACAUUUUAAACAAUAGUUAUGUUAUUCUACAUAAAAGAAUUAUGCUCUUGAAAGAUCUAUUUUCAGCACAAUAUAAGAUAAAGGAAUCAAUAACUGCCAAACUGCCAUUGCUUCUUGUUGAAUAAAUAUUUAAAACAGUACAAUACAAA